AUGACUACCGUUCCAGGGUCUCCAGUCUGGGAGCUCGUGAAGAAGAACAGCUACUUCUUGAUCAAGCAGUUCGGCAAUAGCAACACCAAGGUGCAGUACAGCAAGGAGCCCAACAGUCUCUACAAUGUCCACUCCUACAAGUUCUCGGGUCCCUUGGCAAACAGCAAGACCGUGGCGGUCCAGCCAUCAGCGGGAGAGGACAUGGUUGUUGUCCUGUCCACGACCAAGACCAAGAAGCAGAACACCCCUACCAAGCUCCAGCACAAGACUCUGAUGCACAAGGAGUUCCGCAAGAUGGCCAAGUCUGUCAAGAACCAGCUACAACAAAGAGUCUUUGAAUUUGGUACUGCAUGA